AGAGUGACAACAAAGCCACUCCCAUCCCCGUGAAUUAUAUUUAGAUCCCACCGGCAUGUAAGACUAACGUGCAUCCUCACUGGACUCACCAGCUGCCACUCCGUUGGACGGCAUCCCCUCUUGGGAGAAAGGGUUUUAUGCGUUCCUACAAGUGGGAAUGUUUUCAUCUGUGCCGGCACGGAGAGCGGAGAGGUUCAGCUGUGGUGGCCUGUGUUCAACACGGGGCAUUUGAUCGGAGGGAGGCCGGCGGCAUCGUGGAAGCUCCGGUGAAAACUAUCUCAGUCUCGGGCCGUGCGGUUUUCUUCAGGAGAACAUGGCCUCUCUUUGAGCCGAAGAGGCGGAGUGAGCUAGUGACUCUGGAUCUGUGCUGCUGUAGGAGAUGAACAUUAUAAGGCGUCGCUCCUGGUUUUUCCGAUAUAACCUGAGUCCAUAUUUGUGAGCCAUAAUGGGGGACUGGAAUUCGUUGGGGAAGCUGCUGGAGAGUGCCCAGGAACACUCAACCGUCGUGGGCAAAGUUUGGCUCACAGUCUUGUUCAUCUUCCGCAUCCUGGUGCUGGGAUCCGCCGCCGAGAAGGUGUGGGGCGACGAGCAGUCGGGCUUCACGUGUGACACCAAGCAGCCCGGCUGUCAGAACGUCUGCUACGACAAGACCUUCCCCAUUUCCCACAUCCGCUUCUGGGUGUUGCAGAUCAUCUUUGUCUCCACGCCGACUCUCAUUUAUCUGGGCCACAUCCUUCAUCUGGUCCGCAUGGAGGAAAAGGAGGGGCAGAGAGAAAAGGACCUCGCCACUCACCAUGAAACGCAUGAGCAGUUACCCGUGACCAAAGGCAAGAAGGCCUCAGUCAAAGACAACCAGGGCCACGUGCGCUUAAAAGGUGCACUUUUGCGAACCUACGUCUUCAACGUGAUUUUUAAGACCCUGUUUGAGGUGGCUUUCAUUGUCGCCCAGUACUUUCUGUACGGUUUCGAGCUGAAGCCGAUGUACACCUGCGACCGCUGGCCUUGCCCCAACAUGGUGAACUGCUACAUCUCUCGACCCACCGAGAAGACCAUAUUCAUCGUGUUCAUGCUGGCCGUAGCCGGCGUCUCCUUGCUGCUCAACCUGGUGGAAAUGUACCAUUUGGGUUUCACAAAGUGCCACCAGGGCCUCAGUUACAGACGGGCGCGGGCUGCGCUCGAGGCGCCGAAGGCCUUAAAUGAGGCUGUCAUGCCGUAUGUCCAGGACUACAACUUCUUUUCCGGCCAUGCAGCGGUGCCUCAUCCUUUCCCCAUGGACUCAAAGUACAGCUUGGCAGAGCCUAGCGCCGCCUACAGCCCCUACAACAGCAAAGCGGUCCACAAGCAGAACAGAGACAACAUGGCCGUGGAGAGAAAGGGCAAACCGGAGGGGGAGGAAGUGAAGGAGAGCAAAAUCUCAGGCCCUGUUUUUGAGUUGCCCAUUGAACAUCAGCGCCGAAACAGUCAGUCAAGCAAACACAGCAAUAAUAAGAGCAGGCUGGAUGACCUGAAGAUCUAGUGACACUGUUUUUUAUUUGUGUAUGAGUAUGGAUAACUUUUUUUUUCUUUUUCUAAUUGCACAAGGACAGCUUUGAAAAUGCACAACAUGUGAGGUGCCAUUAGAAAAAGGCUUGAAAGGAACAUACCAAACCCAUAAGCAGCUUUGUGAUCAGAUUUUUUCAGAAGGAAACCUGAGGGAUUAAGUAAACCUGUGAGAUGCACGGAAAAGUUCUGCUGUUGGAUAAAAAUGAACCUCGUGCUGCAGUUGAAAUGUAUGAAAUGUUUGGAAGACACAAACGUCCCCACGUCGAUGUACCGUUUCUGUUUUUCCAUCGAACUUUACUUAAUAUAUGAGAGUUCAUCAUUUUCAUUUCAUUAUGUUCAUUUCAUAAUGUUCACUUUGGAAUUUGGCAAAUCGUUGCCAUUGUUAAUUCACGGUAUAUUUUUUUACUAAUCAUGAUUCUAUGAAGUUAUACAUGAGCUUCAUAAUGAAAAUGUACCUUAAAAUAAUAAAAACUUUAUUACAGUAACCAAACGACUUCAUUCAGUAGUUUGUGUCCUCUGCAUCUGAUACUUUCCAGAAUUUGUUUUUUGUGUUCAGCCUCAAUUCCUGAGAUGCCAAUAGUGCAGCCGAUCCCUAAAACUGAAUCCUGCAAGUCACUGCUUCUUUGUUCAUCUGCUGUUUUUCAAAUUGAUGGUACCGCCAUUGCAGACUAAACAACAUUCA